CACAAGAAAGCAAAGCCUGCACUUACACUUGUGCUUCCAAGUUGGGCAGUGCUACACUCGCAGCUCCUAAGGGGAGCUGCUCCAAGGCACUUCCUGCUGCUGGGCACUCCGAGGGAUCCGCCUCCCAGCAGGGCUGGCUUGCAAACAGGCACAACCAGAUUCCCCAGGCACAAAGUAAUCAAUUUGCCUCUCUCCUGCAGUUGCAGAAGGCAGUUUCUCUCUCACUGUGCCACUCCUGAGGAUGAUCACACUUGGAGGACGACAGAAGAAUUAGAAGCAGGAGGAAUGAAGGAAAUGCUUCAUGGAAUGUUAUUCAAGACACGUUGCCUAGGGAAUAUUCUGGAAAAAUGUUUUUUGGGAUUAUACUGAAGCUUAACCUCAGGAGUUCCUGUGUAAAGGGUAAAAGCCACCACAACAAGACUCAGAGUGCAAUGAAAGAAACCAAACAAAAAAGAUACUGGAAUUAACUUCCUGUGUCGCAAGAAGGGAGGAAAAAGAAAAACCAGGAAAGAAUCCUGACCACAAAAACCAUGAGAGAUCGUCUGCAAGAGCUCAAACUGAGGGCUAAGGAACUAGAGAUGGGUGGGGAAAACAAUGGAGCAACUGUACAAGAAGAGGAGCAGGAGGAGUUUGAACAGCAGGCCAUUAUUUAUGAAAAAGAGCCCAUAACUGAAAGGCACUUGCACGAGAUCCAGAAGCUUCAGAACGAAAUAAAUAAUCUGGUGGAAGAAGUCAAUAAAUUCAGCCAACAACAAAAAAGCCUCGUGUCUUCAAUGAGAAGAUUCAGCGUUCUCAAGAAGGAAUCUAACAUAGCGAGGGAAAUCAAAAUGCAAGCAGAACAUGUACGCAAAGGUUUGGAUGAGCUGUCGAAAGCCGUGAGGACAGCUGAGAAUGAGCAGGGGCCAGCCCGAGCCACGGUGAGGAUCCUGGCUGCCCAGCACGCCUUCCUGUCCCACCGCUACCUGCAGGCCAUGCUCGCCUACAACGAGGCCAUCACCGCCAAGCAGGACAAGUGCAGGACCUUCAUCCUCCGCCAGCUGGAGGUGGCUGGGAAAGAGGUGUCUGAGGAGGAGGUCAAUGACAUGCUCCAGCAGGGAAAAUGGGAGGUUUUCAAUGAAAAUCUACUCACUGAAGUCAAGAUUACUAAAGCUCAGCUGUCAGAGAUUGAGCAGAGACAUAAAGAACUGGUCAAUCUGGAGAACCAGAUCAGAGAUGUGAAAGAACUCUUUAUCCAGAUCUCACUUCUGGUGGAGGAGCAAGGGCAGAUGAUCAACAACAUAGAAAUCUACAUGAACAAUGCUCAAGAAUAUACUCAAGUAUCUAAAGAAAAGUUUGGGCUUGCAGUCAGGUAUAAAAGAAGAAACCCUUGCAAAGCAAUUUGCUGCUGGUGUUGUCCGUGCUGCAGAUGACACCAGAAAUGAACUGCUUGAAAUACCAAUGGUUCCUCCACACCAAACUGAUCUUGGAAAGCAGUCUUGGGAUCCCUCAACUUCACUUUUCUUUCCAUUUUCCCUUCAGCAGAGCUCUCAGGAAAAACUGCAUCUGUUUUUCAAAACAGAUUAAAGAAUUUUAUGGUUUUCACAGAAACGUGUGAACUACAGGAAAGGAUCAAAGGAUAAAAGUGACCUUUCUUUUGGUUCUUAUAAACUUCUUCAAAGUUUAGAAGUUCUAAAGUUUAGUUUGGUUCUUCAGACUAAAACAGUGUGGCAACAAACUCCCUGUACUGUUGGGAGGCAUUGAAAAUAUUGUUAAUCUCAA